CUUCACCUGGUCCAUUGGCGUGACUAUCAUUUAUUGAUUUUGAGAGGAAUAAAGUUCCAAUGGCAAGGAUUUUUUUUUUCUCUCUGAUCUCGGUAAAAAUUACAAGAUGGUCGAUUUAGCCACGAAAAGAAAGGAUGCACCUGAGGGUCAGGAAGGACAACAGAAGAAAUCGAAAAUAGAAUCUCGUAAAGUGCAAAAGACGACUCGCCUCGAACGAAAAGGCCAUGAUCGCAAUUUUGACAUGAUCGUCAAGGCCAAGCGCAUUUGGGAACAAUUACGUCGUGGUGAUAUUAAACGAGAGGAGCAGAAAAAACUCAUGGAGGAUAUCAUGUCUGUGAUUACCGGAAGAGUGCAGGAUGUUAUUUUCAAGCAUGACGCUUCUCGUAUUAUUCAGACUUGCUUGAAGAAAGGAAAUGGAGAACAGAGAAACCAGAUCGCCGAAGAGCUCAAAGGCAGAUAUGAAGAGUUGUCCAAGUCCAUGUAUGGAAAAUACAUUGUGGCAAAGGCUAUCGAAUAUUGUCACUGGCAACGAGAUAACAUUUUGUCUGAAUUCCGUACACAUGUCCGUAAGCUGAUCCGUCACAAGGAGGCGUCCACCGUCAUCGAAGCUUUUUACGCCCAAUUUUCGACGGCAGCACAGAGACAAGAAUUGCUGGCCGAUUUCUAUGGUCCCGAGAUGACGCUUUUCAAUAGAGGAGGUGGCGCCAAGACGUUGGAGGAGUUGCUGGAGACGUUACCUGAGAAGAAAGAUUCCGUGUUGAGAUACAUGGCCGAGACUCUUUCUGGAUGUAUGGACAAAGGAACUAUUGUUCACAGUAUUGUGCACAAAGUGUUAUUGCAGUACCUCACUUUGGCUGGCGAAAAAGAGCGGGACACUAUGAUGGCGAUGUUGUGGGAUCAGUUGCCAGAUAUUGUUCACACUCGGGAAGGUUCUCGAGUAGCGAUGAUCUGCCUGUCAUACGCCAAACCGAAAGAACGUAAGAACAUCAUCAAGGCCUUCAAGCCAUAUUUAGUCAAACUUGCGUCCGACGAGUAUGGAUAUCUUGUUUUAUUGCGUCUCUUGGAUGUCACCGACGAUACCAUUCUUGUGAGCAAGGCUGUAUUAGGAGAACUGAGCAAACAUGCGAAAACUUUAUUCGCCGACAAAUACGGUCGACGUUUCUUCCUGUAUAUCUUGACCGGACGCAACACGAAGUAUUUAUCCUACGAUACUGUACAAUUCUUGAAAGCCGGUGACGAGAUUAGAGUGAGCAAAAAGGAUCCGGAAUUAAGAAGCGAGGAACUCCUGAAGGCCAGCUCUCCCGAGUUAAUACAGUUAGUCACCAAUAACGCCAAUGAUUUAUUGCGUGAGAAGUUAUCGUCGCAGGUCGUUCAGGAGAUUAUGCUUCAUGCUGUUGGUGACAAAGAUAAAGCUAUCGAGUCUAUUUUAUCUUUGGCAAAGGAACCUAUUGAGACAGAGGACCAUAUUUUGGAACAUCGAUUUGCCAAUCGCGUGAUCAAAGCAAUGGUGCAUGCGGAUUCGGCGGCCGAAACAAACGACAAAGCCGUGGAACCCCUAGAGUUUGCACCAAAGCUGCUUGAGUGCAUCAAAGAUAAUCUCGGUCACUUUGCCACUAACUAUGGCAGUUUUGUGGUUCUUGCUCUUGCUGAAGAACCGUCGACACAAAAGGCUGUGAAGAAGAUCCUCAAACCACAUAAACAAGCUAUCGAAUCUGCAGCAGCAGAAAACGCUGGUGCCAAAAGAAUUCUGGAAGUGCUAAGCGCCAAAUAAUUCAUUCAUAGCAUUUUUUUUUUCAAGCAAAUUCAUGUAUAUCAUACAACACAAUAAACUAAAAAUACUGCUCAU